AUGGCUGAAUCAUUAUCUUCUACAAGUGAAACCAAUCCCCAGAAGGGUCUAACUGAGUCGGACAUGGCCGCGGCUCAGAAACUCAUGCAACUUAGCGACGAAGAUAGCAACAACGAUGAAAAAAACUGCAACAAGAGGGACUCAGAUGAUGAAGAGGGUGAUGAUCAGAGUCAGAGUCGAAGUGAAAUAACCUCGGCUUUGAUCGAAGAGAUUUUCGGGAAAGAAGACGAAGAGGUGUAUCGUCCGAAGAAGAGGAGGUAUCGGUCUCUUGUUAGUAUUUACACCGCCACGAAACCAGUGAAUGCUAGAUUUCAAAAGAAGGCGAGAUCUUACAAUAACCCUAAUGGGGUUUUAGAUUAG